CCCCCCCGCAGACCUUGGGGCCCCACGUUCAAGAGCGUUUCCACGCGAUGACAGGCACCCUCGUCGGCUACAUCGGUAUAGAGAGCAACGAUAUCGGUGCAGCAUGGCACGAAUCCGGUAAUGAGCUUCGUUAGGUCCAAAUCAUGCAUUGAAAGCUGCCCAAACUUUUUUCCACUGUCCAAAUCCACCGUGUCACCUAUUUCCUCGAAUUCUGAGCAUUGCCCAUAUUUUUCGAGCUCUCGUGUACUUUGAGACCGAAAGUCCACACCUACAGCGUCUCGCAACCUCCUGCAAAAAUCGGUAGCGCUCAGCUCCUCGGUUCCUCAAAAUGUCCUCCCUCACCAUUCAAGAGCUCAAGAAAGAGCAAAUCACGACCUCUAUCGACCUUCUUACACAAAACCUGAUCAACAUCAAGGAUACAACCGGCGAAUUUCUGCUCAAGCUUCCCGAUGGCCGUGUUAUUGACACCAAGGGAUGGGACGGCUGGGAGUGGACGCACGGCAUCGGUCUGUACGGGCUGUGGCACUACUACACUCUGACAGGCAACCAAGCCACAAAAGACAUCAUGCUGGGCUGGUACACUACGCAGCUCGCCAAGGGCACAACCAAGAACAUCAAUACCAUGUCUCCGUUCCUUGCGCUCGCAUACCUGUACGAGGACACCGGCGACAAGACUUUCCUGCCGUGGCUGGACACGUGGGCCGAGUGGGUGAUGCACGAUCUGCCGCGCACAAAGUACGGCGGUUUCCAGCACGAGACGUACCUCGAGUACAACAAGGAUGAGCUCUGGGACGAUACGCUGAUGAUGAGCGCGUUGCCUCUCGCGAAGAUCGGACUUACGCUUAACCGACCCGAGUACGUUGAGGAGGCAAAGAGGCAGUUCAUUCUGCAUUGCCAGUACCUGUUCGACCCAACAACAGGGCUCUUCUUCCACGGCUGGAAGUUCGAGGAGAAGGAUGGGAAGGUCGGGCACAACUUUGCGCAAGCAAGGUGGGCGAGAGGAAACUCGUGGCUCACAAUUGUCAUUCCCGACUUUAUUGAGCUGUUGGAUUUGAAGGAGUCGGACCCCACAAGAUUGUUCCUUGUCGGCAUUCUCGAGGCACAGUGCAAGGCGCUCGUCAAGCUGCAGCAAGAGGACGGUAUGUGGUGCACAUUGUUGGAUGUUCCUGCUUCGGAGGGCUCGUACGUCGAGGCAUCCGCAACAGCUGGUUUCGCAUAUGGUAUGCUCAAGGCUGUAAGGAAGAGGUACCUGAAGGGCGAGGAAUACCAUAACUCGGCGAUCAAGGCGAUCAAGGCGGUGCUCGCUAAUGUCAACACUGAUGGUGAGCUGCUCAACACCAGCUUCGGCACAGGCAUGGGACACACACUGCAGCACUACAAGGACAUUGCUGUUACAAGUAUGCCUUACGGCCAGGCAAUGGCUAUCAUGGCACUGGGAGAGUUCCUGAGGUCAUUUGUCUAGUUAGAGGACUCGUUUUACGACAUACAUGAUUUAACAAUUGAUGAAUUCUUGAGAUUGAAGAUUGGUAAACCACCGCUGCAGCUCACUCAUACACAAUGUCUGGAACUUGUUGAUAUUCGCUUAUAAAGACAAGACCUAUAAUUUGUUUAAGUUUAGAUGCAACUUCUAAGCUUCGCAAUUUAGGUAUCAGGCACGGAUGCUAACAGGGCUCGCUGACCUGGUAUAUUUGGUACUAUUCCAGCCUGGC